GAAAGAACUCUACCCGCAGAAAGUUUGAUACUGUCACCUGAUCUCUCUUAACUUCCCAAGAUACGCCGCAGCCAAAAUGUCAAGUUCAGAUGACUCAGAUAGCGGCAUCACAGCCUCCUCUGACUCGGAUACCGAAAGUAUCAUCAGCGAAUCCGAGGAAGAUGACGAGGCUGGCUUCGACGAGAUCGAUCAUCAGCUCUCUGAUAUUGAUGAUGGCAAUCAAGUUUCUGAGUCUGUGUUCCUUGAGGGAACCGAAAGUGUUCUCAACUUACUAUUUUUCGGGGGCGGCAGUCUCGCUGGAGCUAUUGCCCAUACUUCCGACACCAAUGGGACUACUCACCAGCCCAGGGCCCAGACUGCUGAUAUGUCAAGCCUAUUCUUGUACCUUUUUGUUAAACAUGGUCUAAUACUAGUUCCAGACACGGAGAACAACCUGGACACCUUGGAUCUUGGUGGUGAUGAUACUUCCUCGGAGGCUAACACAGCCGCGUCACAUACAGACCAGGGAUCCAAUGCUGUACGGGCUUUGGAAGCAAGCGUUUACCGGGACAUGUGUCGCGAUUAUUUAGACAUGCCUUUUCCAGCACAAAACUAUGGUACAACUUCCAACACAUCUACUCAGCUUGUUAAUGUCUCCCACAAUCCCGGGUUCUUGGGAUGGCUAGGUGGGCGGCUUCAACGUACAUUCUUUCAGCCGAAUGUAUAUACCCCUUUGCCCUCUCACUCGCACAUUCGCGUGCUUCUGAUCCAGCCUGGAGUAAACGAGGGCACCCUGGUGGCCUCGUUCGAACUCCUGGAUCUGAACGCAGCAAGCAUUCGCUUUGAAGCAAUUUCUUAUCAGUGGAGUGAGGGUGGUAAUCAGAAAGCGCCUAUGCGUCUUGGAGGUGAGAAAAUAUCUAUCAACGCGUAUCUUCGAAAUAUUCUACUGCAUCUUCGGCUCGAGCAACACAUUCGGGUCGUGUGGGCCGAUGCAUUGUGUAUCAACCAGUCUGACCACGAGGAACGCCGUCAGCAAGUCAGUAUAAUGCAAAGGAUAUACUCCCAAGCAUUUAGAGUCAUUGGAUUUGUUGGCAAGGACUAUACCCAUGCGAGUAUGUGCUUCAAUGCCAUCAAAGCUUUGACCUCAGCAUGGUUCGAAGUUCGGAAAAACCUUGAUCAGAACGAUAGGUCUUCGUCGUCAUCCGAUAACAUUUAUGGCUGUGUUCAGAACGAGGCUUCUAUGGGUAGAAUCGUUGAGGUAUACCAGAGUGGCUACUGGAAACGAUUAUGGGUGGUCCAAGAGUUAGUUUCCUCGCGCCGUGCGAUCAUUCGAUGGGGAGACGCCGAGAUAUCCUGGACUUUGUUGGGGCUCGCAACGACUCUGAUCAGGAACAAUAAGAGCUUGAUGACGAUUUUCAAUCGCGUCAGCAAGUCAAAGAAGUCUCCUGGUCCUUUCCAAGGAGGCUUAGAUGCUCGGACUGGUCUGAUGAACGCUUAUCUCAUGUACCGAAUGUCUUCGACUCAGUUUCGAGGCGAUUCGAUGUCAUUUUUGGAUGUCCUUCGACUGACCCGAAAUUUCGACGUUUCAGAACGUUUGGAUCGGAUAUACGCCAUCUUGGGCCUUCCGAGUCAACAUACAGGGCCAGGGCGCACCCACAUACCCCCAGAUUAUCGCCUGCUUCCAGAUGGGUUAUACAGUCGCGUCUUCUACUGGGUCUAUCAGACUCACGAGAAUCCCCUCGAAAUCCUCUCUGCAGUCCGGCAUACAUCUCUAUUUUACCCCGAUUUCCCAACAUGGAUACCACGUUGGCAUGUGAAACCGAUUAGGAGCAUUAGUAUCUCUCAUAGAGCCAGUAUGAAAUUCAAUGCGUCUGCUGGUUGGAAACCAAAUCCUCCGGCAAAGCUUGCUUGGAGCCAAAACGAGCGGUGUCUAAUCCUCCAAGGAUUUGUCCUCGCAUCUGUAACAUCUGCUCACCGAGUAUUUCCUACAGCAAACACGAAAGAUCGCCGAUCACGUCACAAGGGGCUCAAAAAGCAAAAGACGGAGCUCAACCAUUGGCUGAACGUGCAUGUGCGUAGCCAUAAUAGUAUAGAAGCUCGGUUGUCUCUCGUCUUGACAGCUGGUCAGGAUUGGUACGGUAACAUCUUGAAGGAGCAGAAGGCGAUGAAUGAGCAUAUCUUAUCGUUUGUAAAGUGGAGCCGGGAUUACUUCAAAAACGCGAAGCCUUGCAAUGAAGAGGCUGCUAGAUAUGGACAGGCCGUGAGCAACGUGUGUCGCGACCGACAGAUAUUCAGAGCGACGAACUGUUUGCUAGGAAUCGGACCUAAUCUUCUUCGGAAGGGCGAUCUAGUAUGUGUUGUUGCUGGAGGCCCGGUUCCUUAUAUUCUACGACCUUUGGGUGACGACACAUUUUACUUUGUCGAAGAAUGUUAUGUGGCUGGAUACAUGUUUGGAGAGGCCGUGUCGGAAUGGAGGUCCCAAGCACGGGCCUUGAGCUUGCGACGAUUUACUCUGAGGUAG